AAGUGCUCCUGUCGGAAUCUCCGACCUUCACAGCCGCAAUGUCGUCAGACUUUGAGGGCUACGAGCAGGACUUUGCGGUGCUGACCGCAGAGAUAACCAGCAAGAUCGGGAGAGUCCCCAAACUGUCGCCAGAGGAGAAGAAGCAGAUGGUUGCUAAUGUGGAGAAACAGCUAGAGGAAGCAAAGGAACUGCUUGAACAAAUGGACCUGGAAGUCCGAGAGAUCCCUCCACAGAGUAGAGGAAUGUAUGCCAGCAGAAUGAGGAGCUACAAGCAAGAAAUGGGAAAACUUGAAACGGAUUUUAAAAGGUCACGGAUCGCCUACAGUGACGAAGUACGGAAUGAGCUCCUAGGGGAUGAUGGGAAUUCCUCCGAGAACCAGUUGAUAAAAUUACGUGAAGAGAGGGCACAUCUGCUCGAUAACACAGAGAGGCUGGAAAGGUCAUCUCGGAGACUAGAGGCUGGAUACCAAAUAGCAGUGGAAACCGAGCAAAUUGGCCAGGAGAUGUUGGAAAACCUCAAUCAUGACAGAGAGAAGAUACAACGUGCUCGGGAAAGGCUUCGAGAAACGGAUGCUAACUUGGGGAAAAGUUCUCGGAUCUUGACAGGAAUGUUGCGAAGGACACUCCAUCUCCAUCAUGACGUUGCACUGAUGAAUGAAGAGCCUUGGAAUUCUCUCCCUCAUCAUUUUCAACUUAGUUUCCUUGGCUUUCUUCAAAAAUCAACUCAGACCUUAUCUUCCAGAGGAAACCUUUCCUGUUAGUGCUUUGAGGCAGGAGAUUACCUUUCAGAUUACUUUUUUUUUUAAACCUUACCUCCCAUAUUAGAAUCACUAUUCUAAGGCAGAAGAAUUAGGGCCCAACAAUGCCCUUCCAGGAGAGAUUUACAAUAUUAGGAUCUGAUCUGACCAGGACAAGAAAAGUUUGUGAAAGAGGAAUCUUAACUUUUAAGAGUUCCUAUUUCCAAUAGCUGGGUUUAUGUGUUUAUUGAAGCCACUAUCAAGUCUGAGUGUGCAUCUACAAUUCACUGGCUCAUCAUUUCAGUAUAUGGUUAUAGCUCGUGGUUAUUUGGUUUGUUUUAUGAAUCCUACCUCUAAUUCCAUCUGAUCUAGUUUCUGACCUUAAGGAAAGUUCUCAUGGAGUUUUAUUUGAGAAUAUUUCUGGCACUGUUAGACUGAAGAUACUAAUUUAUUAGAAGAAAACUGAGAGGUUAAAGAGAGAGCAGGAAAAUACUUAGGAUUAAAAUAAUUUCUUUUUUGAGGAUAGAGUUGAAAUCUGCCAUUAAUUAUUUCUCAAAUGAGAUAAAAUGAUUAGGAGGUGUGGUGUAGUGGAAAUACUGCUAGAUUGUCGGUCAGAAGUCUCACUAGGUAGAUGGUCUUGGAAAGUCACUUAAUAGUUAUAAUAAUAGCUCAUAUGUUCAUUUGAUCCUCACUAGAACCCUUGAGAUAGGUACUAUUAUGAUCAUUAUUUUCACAUGAAGAAACAGGAGGUUGCCAAUUUAAGUGUUAUAUGACCUCUAGAAUACUUCUGAGUUCUAAAUCUGGGAUGCUAUAAUAAUCAAGACCUCACUCUAAACCUCUUUACAAUAGAACAACAUUCUUGAAGAUACAGCUUGCAUCCCAUUCGGACUUCUACUUCUUGCAGCACCAAAAAUAAAUCUUUAUGUUGAUCCCAACUGAAUUUAUCUACCUGGAGCUUAUAAUAAAUAUUAUUAUGUUCUAUUUUUAGAAAAUUUUACAGUUAUAAAGAGCUUUCAUGCAUUUCAUUUGAGUCAUGCACAUAGAAUCCCUAUGCAUAAUUUAGGGCAGGUAUUAUUAUGGUCAUUUUUCAGAUGAGGAAAACUUCAUGGGGCCCUGUCCUGACUAGUGGUUGCCUGUUACCCACUUCAUCCAAGAUCACCUCUGGAAAUGCUAUCCUUCUCUCCAGCCAUCUCCUUAUCAGAUGCCUUUCCAUGCCUCAGUGUGCAUGUGACCCCCCUCUGUACCCCACCCACUUUACCCACCUGCUUCCUCUCUCCUAAUCUAGAACUGUAAUCUAAUCAAUCCUUUUAUUGCUCCUGGAAAGAGUCUCAUUUGUGAUCUUGGCCCUAAGGACAGAGAGUAGCAUUUUUAAAAGUUUUUCUUGCAACUUGGCUUUUUUUUUUCACCAAAAAUAUGCUAUUCGUUUUAUACAUUAUUUAUUCAGGAGGUGAUCUUUUAAUUCUCUAAUGAUAUUUUGAAAGCAUAAUCAUGGACUUUGAGAGUCUACAAAGACCAUAAGUAGAAACCAACUAGUCUAAAUCUGAAACUCCCAUUUUAUAGUUAAAGAGACUGAGACCCAUAGAUAAAUAAUUUGCCCAAAGCCACACACAAAAUUAGUGUCAAAUUUAGGACUACUGGGAAAUGUAAACCAAUGAUAUUUGGCUGAAAUCACUAUACCAAAUUAUAGAAAACUAUACAGUGAAUUUUUUAGUUUUAGUUUUAGAAUUAGACAAGUGAUGUCCUAGUUUCCUCAUUUGCUAAGCAACAGGUAGAUACAGGGACCUUAAAAAAUUAACUAAGUUCCAUAAUUCAAUUCUAGAAUGUAUUUCCAUUUAACCAUAAAAUAAUUUCAUAAAUGAAGAAGUCUGAAAAGACUAGCAAUUCAGCUUCAACUCCUGAAGGGAAAAAGAUUCCUCCAAAGCUUUUAAAUACCUUGAUUCUGAAGUGUGCUGUAUCCCAACUACGCCCAGAAUUCCAGACACCCUAGAAGGCACAGACUUUUCAAGUUAUGAACCAUGGAAUUUGGAAACCUCAAUUCAGUAAUUGCCUCCUUUUACUGGGGCUGUGAUUAUGGGCAAAUAACAUAAGCAACACUAUACAACACUCUCUUGGUUCAUUUGUAAAAUAGGGAUAACACUCCCAUCUCAAUUUACCUCAAAAUAUUGCUAGGAUAAAAGCAUUCUAUUAUAUUUCUAUCAUACUAUGUCAUACCGAAUCAUAUCAUAUUAUAUAUUAUUAUUAUUAUAUGCUGUAUAGUUACAGGGGUGAAGGGAAAUGUGUUGAUUAGACCUAUGAUUUCAUUCUUGUAGAGAGUUCCCAAGGAAUAUCUCCCUCAGCACAUUAUCGGCAUCUUAUAGUCUCAAAGAAUUUCUUGGGGACACUGAAAGCUUAAAUGACUUAGAUGACUUGAUCAAGACCACAUAAUCAAUAUAUGUCAGAUAUGCUUUUUGAACCCAAGGUCAAAAGGAACCCACUCUAGCAAAUCAUGUCUUUGAUGUGCUAUAAUUACACCCCCACACACAAAUAGACUUUCAUAAUUCUUUAGAUUUUCCAAGGAAGAAAAGAUGUCUGUGUUCUGUGUCCCUCUUUCAAUCACUCAAGAAAUGAACAGUGAGAACCUGAUAGUUGUAUAGAUAAACAUCUGUAGAGAUACCCAUCAACACUGAUAUGAAUGAAACAGGUUAUCAGAAAGUCAGGGGAGGGGAAUUUGAAGGUGUCUUUAGUAAGAUGGGAAGCUUGUCCUUAGAACUCUAGAGCAACUUGACUUAAGAACAGCAAGUGGUUUUAAUGGAAGCAGACAUACAGUGGGGUUUGGGAUUAUCAUCCCUCAUCCAAACUAAGCAACUUGUUCUUUGAAGUCCAUAAGACAAGCAGAGCAAGGGUGACAGCAGUAUUUCUUGUGCCAGAGCCCAGUUCCGUUGGAGCAACCUAAUGUGUCUGACACCUCUUUUAAAAUCUCAUCUCAUCUGCUAAAGGGAGCAGCUCUGUGGACUGUAAAAUAUAUCCAUUGGUUGAAAGUAGUCAAUGGGAUGUGGUUUAAUUAUCUUAGUGGUGUUUUACUUGUAAGCUACCCAUCACUAAAAAUCAGGGAGAGUGGGGGAGGUGAUAAAGGUGAUAAAAAGAGAUUAAAAAGACCUGGGUUUACCACAUGAGGCUACAUGAUAAAGGAAAAGGCUUAUAAGAUGGACCUUGUGGCAACUGAGAGACCUAGACACUACUGCACCAGAAGCAAGCCUUUGGCAUAUUGGAUCAGAGAUUGUUAUUGUUGUUUAGUCAUUUUUCAGUUGUGUUCAUUUUGACCUUCCUUGGCAAAGGUACUAAAGCAGUUUGCUAGCUCCUUCUCCAGCAUGAUCAGGGAUAAGAAUUGACUAUAAAGUCUGGGUCAGUAACAACAAGACCAUGUCAGGAAUGGUGUGAAUAAUUACCACAACUCCUUACCCAAUGGAGUUCCACUUCUCUAUCCCAGGACUCCCUCCUUCCUUUUCCCCUUCCCCAAGAUAUGGAGGAAGUUGCCAGAAGCUGUGGGAGAGUAAGAUAUUGGAGAUGGGUUGGGAGGCUGUAGUAUAAAGCUUGGGCCAUUAGGGACGUCUCUUCUGGAUACAAGCCAAGUCCUUUCCAUGAAUCAUCCCCCUUCUAGUGGUCAGAAAAUGUGACAAAGGGAAUGUUGCCUCACUGUUACUACAAUGAUUAACAAACUCUCACCUGUCUAUUACCCCCCCCCCCCAUCCAGAUUUCAAACUCUUAACCCUUCAGUUCUCAACAUAGGUCAUUAACCUUCAGUUCUCUCUAUUACAACCCUACAUUUGCUACACAUUCCUUCUUUCCCCAUCUUGACCUCUUAUGAACCAGUUCAACUCUACAUUGUUCUCUUCUCUCAAAUCCUGUGCUUCCUUAUCCUUUCACCAGUCUUGCCUUGCCAAGCCUUAGCCUUUGAGUACUCUCAUUGUCCACUGCCUUCAUUCCUACUUAUGAGCCCCCACUCAUAUCCACCAAAGGUGGAUAAAAGCAUAAAACUAUGUUGACUAGAACCAUUACACAUGUACCUUAACAUAAUCUCAAGUGGGUCCUACCACCAUUCUCUCACCUAAGAAACUUGCUUCAUAUUUUACUGAAAAAGACUGAGGCUAUUCACCAAGGGUUUCUUCUUCUCCCAAAUGACUUCUGCCUCACCUCUGCUUUCAACCCUACCUCUCAUAAUGAAGACCCUUCUUUUUGCUAAGGCAUAUACCUUUAUAUGCACAAGUUAUCCUAUUCAGUCCUGAAGAAUCUCCAUCAGAUUGCUUCUUCUGUUACCACCACUCUCCCUAUUCCCUUUAAUCUCUCCUGCUGGUUACUUCCCUACUGCCUACAAACAUGCCCAUGUUUCCCCACCUCCUCAAAAAAUCCAAACUCAAACCAUCCAUAUUGGAUAGUUAUCAUCCUAUAGAUCUCCUCCUUCUGGAGCUAAAGUCCUUGAGAUAAUUCUAAGUAAUAGGUUCCUCCACUUUCUUUAUAUUGUCUUCUUAUUCGCUAUAAUCUGAUCCAAUUUCAGUGUUCAACUGUAACUGCUAUCUCCAGUAUACUAAUUUAAUCUUUUAAUUGCUAAAUCUAAUGGCCUUUUCUCAAUUCUCAGCUUUCUUGACAUUUGUAGCUUUUGACACUGUGAAUUACUCUCUUCUCCUUGAUACAGUCUUCUCUCUGGGUUUUCAUCAUACUACUUUUCCUGAUUCUCCUCCUACCUAUCUGAACAUUCUUUCUUGUCUCUUUUAUUGAAUCUUCUCUAGGUCAUGACCACUGAUCUUGAGAGUAUCACAGAGCUCUGUUCUAUUCCUUCUUCUAUUUUUUAUAUUAUUUCACUUGGUCAUCUCAUCAUCUCCUACGGACUUAGUUAUCAUUUCUAUGCUGAUGAUUCUCAAAUCUACUUUUCUCACCCUAACCUUUCUUUUGGCCUCUAGUCUCAGAUCCCCAACUGUCUCAUUAGACAACUUAAACUGGUUAUCUUGUAGACAUUUUAGCACUUAUGAUUUUUCCCCCAAUCUUCCACUUUUUCUAAAUUCCUUAUUAUUGUUGAGGGUGCCAAGCAUUCUCUCAGGUACCCUUCACCCCCAAUAGCUAAUCAGUUGCCAGUUUUUGUCAAUUUUACCUUCAUAACAUCUCUCAUAUGUCCCUUUUUCUCUUUUGUCACUGCCACCAUUCUAAUGCACAGCUCCUCAUUACCACAUGCCUGAACUAUUACAGUUACCUGUUGGUUAGUGUCCCUACCACAAGUCUCUCCCCACUCCAGGGUCUUCUCGACUGCCAACUGCCAAAGUUAUCUUUCUUAAGUGCUAAUAAUCUCACUAUGAAGAAUGGCUUCCCACUCACUACCUUCCUUGAAAGCUUAACUAAAAUCCUACCUUCUCCAUAAAGCCCCCUAAUGCUAGUGCCUUCCCUCUAUUGACUACCUCCAAUUUAUUCUAUCUAAAGUUUGUACAUAGUGGUUUGCAUAUUGUCUCUUCCAUUAGACCAUAAGCUCUUUGAGAACAAGGUCUAUCUUUUAUCUUUCUUUGUAUCCUCACAACUUAGCACAAAAUUUGAUGAAUAGUAGGCAUUUAAAUAAAUGUUUAUUGACUGACAACCACCCAAUAACUUCAUUCAUAUACUCUGAUAUAGUAAUAUGUACACAUAUGCAUACUCUCUAUAAUAAUAAAGAGCACCUGUGCAAAAUACAUUUUACACUAUUUUAAUCCCAUAAAAUAGACUCAUAGAAAAAUGAUUGAAUAAAAAGUAGAAAAUAAUAAGUAUGAAUACUCACCAUUCCUCUUAGAUGCUUCUGCUUAUCUACCAUUAGGAUGCUAGUUACCAUUCCUCAUAAUCUCAUCACAUAGUCAUAGUUAUUCAUUUUUUUUUGUGAAAGGAAAGAGUUUAAUACAUGUAAGUUAAAUAUUCAUGUUAGGCCCUCCACUGCAAUCUGGUUGUCAGCUCCACCACUUUUACCAUCUGUGACUUUGAGCAAGUCACUGAGCCUGUGUGGGCUGAAUUUUUUUCAUUUGUAAAAUGAGGGCUUUGGAGCCAGUGACCUUUAAGACUUUCAGCUCUGUGCCUAUGAUUCUAUGUUCAUGUGCAGCUAAGAUGACAGCUUAAGCACGGAGAUUGUAGAGGUGGAGAAGAUAAGAAAAAAGGGUACCUUCUUGACACUCUAUCCCCAACUUUGACAUUCACUUCUCCUAACUGGUCUUCUAUUUCUUCCUUUACUAAAUAGGGGCUUUGGAUAUAUAAGAUUCCUUCCAGAUCAAAAUUUCUGUGAUUCUUUUCACUCUCUAAGAAGAUCACCUGAUAGUAUGGAAAUUAGUAAAUUCAUCCAAAAGCCACAAAGGGAAACAAUAUUAAAAUAAGCACUUAUUUUUCAGUAAUGACUUUGUUUCAGUAUUUUUAUUUGUCAGUGAACUUUGGGGAAAGUUUCCCAUUGUCUAGGGCAGACAGAUCUUACUGAUAGGAGCUCCAGGGGCCUAAUGUACAAUAUUAGGGGAUCAUUACAAUGGAUGAAAACCUCGAGUCAAUUAGAUCUUGUUACCUUGAAGCCAUUUUAUAAGAGGCAAUAAAUAAUCAGAACAACACAAUUAGCAAUACCGUAAUAAAAUAUAUGUACCUGUGUUCCUGAAGGAAUCCCACUGGGAGUGCUGUCAAUUUAAACAACUUUAAAGCGAGACAAUUUGAAAUGACUGUGAAUGUGUCCAGGUAUAUACGAAAACAUUCAAAGGAGGUGAGAUCUGGAAUAGAUCUAUAUAACAAACUAAGCUUUGAAUGGUUUGAAGGCAAUCUCGAAGACGUCUCACACAGGGAUUUGUUCCUCCAGGGCCUUAUACUUAGACAUUGGGUCACAGGAUCAUAGUUUUGAACUAGAAGGGACCUUAGAAAUCUUCUAUUCCUGCCCCCCUCAUUUUGCAGAAGAGGAAAAUGAAUGAAUGGAUAAAUGAAUGAAACAUUUAUUAAAUAACAGUACUCACUAUGCACCAUACACUCUGUGCUUCACUCCGAGUCAAAUAGAAAAAUAAGAGAUAUCUCCUUCUAAUGAGGGAGACAAUGCAUAUGAAAAGUUUUAGCUACAAGUCAGAUGGAAAAGGUCAUUUGGUCCUUAGGGUGUAGAGACAAAGCAGAUGGCAAUGCCUUUCUUUUAAUGUCAUUUCCAUUGAUAAAACCACAUCAGUUUCAGAUGUUGAAUCAACCAUUUGACAGGGCCAAAGAAUUUGGUGGCAAGAACUUUGGUCCAAAGUUCCACAGAAGUAAUAAGUAACUGAACAAAGAGUUGAACCCAGGCACUCAUAUUUCAAAUUCAUUUUUCUUUCCUCAGUACGUCACUUACUCACAGUUAUGGAAUCAUAGAACUGGUAUUGACUUUGUAAAAGUCCAACCAACUUAUUUUAUUGAGGCAGAAACUGCUUACUAAUUAUAAUGAGUGCAGCUUUCCUGUGUCUGCAUAGAGAUCAUUUCCAGGGCCUUCCCAGGCCUACAUUUAAAAGUACAAUCACUCAAAGGAUGUCCUUUGAGCCACAGGUUGUAUGCACUUCUCUAGACAGAAUAAGGCUCCAAAGAGUAGGCUUAUUAAUAAAUCAGUUUUUUGUUUUCUGCUUGAAAAGCAGUAACAAUUUUAGAUGGUCUGAAUGAUUCUAGAAGAUACCACCAGGGUAGUGAAGUUCUGAAAGCAUAUUGAUCCGGUACAUUUGUUUUCAACAUGUAGAAAAAAAUUCUUUUGUUCCUAGGUACCAAGCCCUUGCUAUGUGGUCCAUUCAGUGUGUCUCAGAGCAUCAGGAACCUAGGGCCUCUAUCUGCUGAGUCUGCAGAAUAUUUGCUUAUUACAUAAGGAACUGGAAUAGUCUGGAAUUCACUUGCAAAGCUGAUGAAAUAACCAAGAGGACUUCAAUUGUGACUGACCUUUUAGCACUUUUGCCACUGAGGGCCCUCCCCUCCUCCCAUACCCCGACAAGGUAACAAGCAGGAUUCUAAUUCCCACCAGCAGAAAGAAAGAAAAAAUUCUGCAGCCCCAAGCUGUUAAUGAUCAACCUUUUAUUUUGAUUGUGUUAGGCUGUUCAAGCUACAAGCUUUAGGACUUAUCAAGGCAGACUGCAUUUGUCCAAAUACAGCUGGAUAGAAUGGACUGACCAACACAGCACUAAGGAAGCAAAUUUAUACAUUGAAUAAUUGGAAAUGUAAUCAAGUGGGAAACCACUUGCCAUUGAAAGGAUGAGGAAAAGUUCUUUAUUUGGGGGGCAGCUCUGUAAUUUUUUGAGAGUGCCAGAUAAUUUUUUUAUAGUCUCUCUGUGACUUCUUCAGUGGUGACAAAUGUGUAGAUCUGAUCUUUUUAAAAGAAUCAGAACAUUCCUUGUUAAUUAAUUUAUACAGCUGUCAGUGAAGCUUUCUCUCUCUCUGCACUCUAAGUGUUUGACUGCCAUAGAUUUUCUUUGCCGGUCCUGGCAAAGAUCCAGUGGAAGCCUGGGAUUUAUUAGGCUGACUUGGUGCAAAGUCUAUUGAUUGUGGCCUCGAGGGUAAUAACUAAAUAGAGCUAGAGCAACAAGUCAAUAAGACCAUUGUUGCUGCAGACUCCAUUCACUUGAGGAGUUAGAUUGUUUUACAGCAGCAAAGAGUAAUCAUGAGCAGAUCAGUAUGUUGAACAUGCUCUGUUCCAUGUUAGUGCUGUGGACUGUUUUAAAGCUUUCAGCAGGAUCACUGGAGAAUUGGGGUGGGGUACUGGGAUUACGAACCCUGUGAACUCCAUCAUUACGGCUUCAAGGGUUUCAACUUUAGUUUUUAACAUCUAACACAACCUCAGAGAGCUCAGAGUCAGCGUUGACGCCAGCUAGUGCAAGAAAUGUUCUCUGGGCCAAUCUACAAUGGCACAGUAGCAUUAAAUGGUUCAUCCUGGUCUGUGACCUCUAAGCAAGACAGCCCAUGUACAGAGAAUGUGUCUAAUUUCAUCUGUGUAAGAUUCUAGCAAGAAUAGUGAAGCUAUUCUCCUUAUGCCCAUGAGCAUGUAUUUUGUGAAACCUUUAUCUAAGGGCUAUUUUACCACUCCACGUGGUAGAGUGGGAUAUUUUUUUUUCAUGUUUAUAGAUCUUCUUGUGUUGGUUUACUGUUUAAAAUUAUUUCUUUGGGUUUGAUUGGCAAAAUAUGCAAAAGAAACUAAAAGAACUCUCUUUAUAUGCCUCUUACCUGGAAGGUAGAAAGUUUCAAUGCUUUCCUUCUCACACUAACUAAAUUGAUUUUUAUUAUUUUUAUUAUUAAAAAGGCAAGGAAUUUAAUAUCUGGGUCAACAUAAGCAUGACUUUGUCUUUUGAGCAAUCAUGUACAAACUUCUUUGUAGACAUUUAUUUAUGUGCAUAGUAUAGCUAUAAACUUGUGGGCCUGGUUUCCAGGUGCAGCCUUUAGAAGUUGAUCUCUUGACUUUAUUCCUUGUGCUUGUGACUGACUGCUCCAUCACUGAAGAAGGAUUGAAUUCAUUAGGGUAGCCCAUUUUGGAAAGGUUACUAUACCUGUCUGGUAUUUUGCAGCUGAUAAUUCAGGUAGCCACCAUUUAAUAGCUAUGGUAGGCCCUAUUAAACACACUCUAUGUGCCAAUGCUAAGCUCUGAGAAUACCAAAUACAUACACACACACACACACACACACACACACA